CUAGUCGGGUUGGUGUUCCGGCCUGGUAGAAAUUCAAAUGAUGAGUAGAAACUUAGCGACGAGUAAACUUUCCUUUCGUCUCGGUGCUAUCAUUAGGUAAAGUACCUCCGAGGUAUCCCCCUUGUAGACAUUCGGUGUGGUAGGAAAUGCGUAUUGUCCAACAAGGGCCAGCGGGAAUUCAGUUACCUUCAUAUCCUUCCAGUUCUCUGCCUGAGAUGGCGUGUUUUGACCCUAGCGCGUGUUCCUGCCUUUGCUACGCAAGGAGAGACAAGAGCCUCAGUGGUGCGGUUCCGCCAAAUCGCCCGAGCUUCUUCCGCGAUGCCACAACUACAUGCCGCACCUAUCAUACAUAUAAUCGAGACCAUGGGCUAAGGGGGAAUGACCAAAGGGUAGUGAUGGGUGCACAUUGGCCUAGGGGCAAAGGCAACUCGGUGUGCCUGACCACCAGUUACCAGCGCGAUAUUUUGGUUUGCCACAGAAAGGACCGUGGCAGAAUCAAUCCUACACACGCGUGGCUCCAUGGUAUGGACCCCGACACAUAAUAUCGUCGACCCCAACAAGCCCUGCCUGUGUGCAAAGACGAGGCUUGCAUGAUUAUCGAAGGCCAAAAA